AGCACUUUGAACUCAACCUAAAGCUAAUGGAUCCAACAAACGACCCAAACUUCACGCCUCCUUCAUUGAAUCCCAACAUUGAGCCAACAGCUCCGUCCCUGGAAAUACCUUCAAACGCUCCGAUCCAGCCUCUAGUUCUUGCUGAUAUGGGAGAUCCAGUGGAUGCUCCAGCCCCUCACCCGUCCUCCUCUCUGACUCAUCUUCAUCACCAUUCUGGGGGACUUCAUUCAAAGAUUCCCAUCAAGCAUACGGAACUCAUUGAUUCCAAUUCUCUGUCUGAUACCGAAAAGACUGUGGAGGCUAAUAGUUCACGUUCACAAGACAUACUUCCUGAACCGGACUUAAUUCUUCCUCCAACAGCAACAGUUCAGCCCAAUCAAAUCGCUGAUUUGGAAGAAGUUCCUCAUGGCAUUCAACGUCAAGCAAAAACCCUUGAAGACUAUCAAUUCCCUACCCACCGGUUCGCUACCAAAUUGAGUGAUGAAUCCAAAUAUCCUUUGGUGAUUGUGGCUUGCGGCUCGUUUUCUCCUAUCACUUACUUGCACUUGCGCAUGUUUGAAAUGGCCUUAGACGCUAUUAACGAACAAACUAGAUUUGAAGUUAUUGGAGGCUAUUACAGUCCUGUUUCUUCAAACUAUAAGAAACAAGGAUUGGCUCCUGCUCACCAUCGAGUUCGAAUCUGUGAAUUAGCAUGCGAAAGAACUAGUUCUUGGUUAAUGGUGGAUGCUUGGGAAAGUUUACAGCCCAAGUACACUCGAACAGCAUUGGUUUUAGACCAUUUUAAUGAUGAAAUUAACACGAAAAGAGGUGGUAUCGUAACCGCUACUGGAGAAAAAAGAGGUGUUAAGAUUAUGUUAUUAGCAGGUGGAGACCUAAUUGAAUCAAUGGGUGAGCCUGAUGUCUGGGCUGACCAAGACUUGCAUCAUAUUUUGGGCAAAUACGGAUGCUUAAUUGUUGAAAGAACCGGCUCGGAUGUUAGAAGCUUUUUAUUAAGUCACGAUAUCAUGUACGAACACAGAAGAAAUGUCUUGGUAAUCAAACAAUUGAUUUACAAUGAUAUUUCCUCUACAAAAAUACGGUUGUUCAUCCGACGGGGUAUGUCAGUCCAGUACUUACUUCCGAAUUCGGUUAUAAGAUAUAUUCAAGAACAUCGGUUGUAUAUCAACGAUACUGAGCCAGUUAAACAGGUUAUGUCUGAUAAAGCCGAUUGAACGUCCACAUUUUUCAGAGGGGUUUCAAUUCAUAUUAUGUAUUUUUGUAGAUUUUCAAGUCUUCCAUUGAUACUUUUUCUAAGGUCAAAUUGCACUCGUUACAAAGGUGUAGAAGGCAUAUAAAAUAGACACUAGUUGAUCCGUUAAGAUUCCGAGGAAUAUUCUCGGUCAAUUCACGAAAAGACUUCCCAUUGUCUAGAUUGCCCAUAAUCAAAUCCUUAAUAUGUCGUAUAUCGAUUCUUUUGGAGAUCUUUUCAUAAUUUAGUUUGCUAAUCAAAUUACUUGAAAUUUGUGAACUCAAAGGUUGGCUAAAUUCUUCAAUGUAAGAUUUGUGCAAGUCUUCAAUGUCUUCUCUGGUGAUCUCAUUCAAUAAUCUUGAAGGUUCAUCAAAAUAAGCAUCGGUGUAUGCUUCCUCGUUAUUUUCGUGAGGUUUUUGUUGUAGUUGAACAGGGGAAAUUUUGUUGAAAGUGGGUAACAAUCUUGUCUUCUUCGUAAAGAGCUCGAUUAAGUUCUUAGCGUCAAUUUUU